AUGAAUGGGAUGGCCUUCUGGAAGACGACUGGAGGGAAGGUGGUGGCUUUCGACCCAAAGACGGAAGUGUGUGGGGUUGUGACCCUUCCUCGUGGGAGCCCGGCCCGUGGGGCCCUGGUGGAGAUCCGUGGACAGCUCGCCUACGUUGGGAUCUCUGAGUCUGAUUAUGCUGUGGAGAUGUAUUACGGAGUGGAGAUGGGCCUGAGGAAGAGGGUCGAGUUGUUCCAAGAGGUGGGUGGUGUUGGGGGGUGUUAUUGUGGGGUGCUGCCUUACUGUGAGGAGGGGAAGGUGAUGGUAGUGGUUGGAGGUUUGGUGUACUGUUGCGGGCUGGAGGACAAGAGGAUUAAGGAGGUGGGGAGGUGGUGGUGGGCUGAGUUCACGGAAAGUACCCGGUUUUUUCCAUACGUUAACACCCUCGUUCACGUGGAUUGA